CUGCACUAAUAAUAAUACCGUUUCAUGUUUGUAGUUACACUUUUCUCUUGAUAGUGUUUUCUUUAAAUAAGCUUGAGCUAUUUCCUUUUAACUGGCUUAGGAAAACUGAAUUGGAUCAACAGCUGGAAGUAACUGAAUACUAUCGCAGACUUUAUAGGCAUUAUUUAAGCAAAAGAUGAGCUUACACGUUUUUUCCUUUAAGUGUAGUUGAAUGGUAUUUAUAGCUUUAGUGAGCUUGAGGCCUCAUUUGUUCCAGAGCAUGUCAGGACCCCUAGAGAAGCAAAAUGAAAGCGAGCCACCUGCUCCCUGAAAGACUGUGGUGCUGUUGGUGCUCCUAGAGUGGUUUAACUUUUCCUGAGACACCAUCUGUUUUUUGAGAUGAGAGAAAAGAUGGUAUUUGGGGAAAGAGUAGAAAUAUUUUUGAGUGAUGGAGGUCCUGGCUUAGUCCCCUGCCUUCAGGUAACCUGACCCAACUCAGCCUUUUCACUAGGCUGAUACUGAAGGCAACUGAUACUGGUUGAACUUUUUGGUGAAAAGUGAAAAAGUAUCACAUGUAAAUUACCCAGACUUUCACAUCAUCUGUGAAGAACAAUGUCUGUCAUUAAUCUGAGUGCUGGAGCAUUAGGAUUAUAUUGAAAGAAGCCAUGUGGCAUGCUUAGGGCUUGGAACAUGUGACUGUCCUAUACUUAGUACCUGAUACUUGUAUUUGUGUGACAGUGUGCUCUCCCCCCCUUCCCCUAAACCUGAAGUGUCCUGUAGCCAUGAACUAAUUGUGCAUGUGUCCAUCCAAAAAGGGCUGGUAUGCAGAUAGGACUAGGAGUCAACCAUGUUGCCCCAUAAACAGGAAGCAACCUAGAGCCUGUUGAGCUUUCCUGCAUGGCAGUAAGCUGCACAGGAGAAUCUCUGCUUCAGAAGGGGUGGUUUUCAAGGUUACUUCUUCAGGUUGAGAGAUUCCUUACCUGUCACAGAUCCUCAACAUUGGUCACUAAUUGUGAUGAGAUGCUAACAGCAGAAAAUAACCCGCUUGUCUAGUGGAAUGAUCUAAAGCAAUAUGCCAGGAAAACGCACUGCAAAGAAAAGCCCUACGAGCCCUACACCAGAAGAAGGGUCUCCUGAAAGGAAAAAGCUUAAAGUUUGUCACCGUUCCCACCGGACAGAGCCUGGCCUGGUGCUUACGCUGGGGCAAGGGGAUGUUGGGCAGCUGGGCCUGGGGGAAGAUGUCAUGGAGAGGAAAAAGCCCGCCUUGGUGGAGCUCCCAGAGAUGAUCGUCCAGGCGGAAGCAGGAGGGAUGCACACAGUGUGCCUCAGCGAGACAGGCAAAAUCUACACCUUUGGCUGUAAUGAUGAAGGUGCCCUGGGGCGUGACACCUCUGCGGAAGGGUCUGAGAUGAAGCCAGGAGAGGUGGAGCUGCAGGAAAAGGUGGUGCAAGUCUCUGCAGGGGACAGUCAUACAGCUGCACUGACAGAUGAUGGCAGGGUUUUUGUCUGGGGCUCUUUCCGGGAUAACAAUGGGGUGAUUGGGUUGCUGGAGCCCAUGAAGAGGAGCUCAGUUCCUGUGUUGCUUCAGCUUGAUGCACCAGUUGUUAAAAUUGUCUCAGGGAAUGACCACUUAGUGAUGCUGACAGUGGACGGUGACCUGUUCACGUGUGGCUGUGGCGAGCAGGGCCAGCUGGGGAGAGUGCCGGAGCUCUUUGCCAACCGAGGAGGAAGGAAAGGCCUACAGCGCCUGCUGGUCCCCCAGCAUGUCCCCGUCAAAGGCAGAGGCAACAGAAGCAAAAUGCGCUUCCAGGAUGCCUUUUGUGGGGCUUACUUCACCUUCGCUGUUACACAGGAGGGACACAUCUACGGUUUUGGCCUCUCCAACUAUCACCAGCUAGGGACCCAGGGCACCGAGCCCUGCUUCUCUCCGCAGAACCUGACGUCGUUCAAGAACUCCACCAAGUCCUGGGUUGGGUUCUCCGGCGGGCAGCACCACACGGUGUGCAUGGACUCAGAGGGUAAAGCCUACAGCCUGGGCAGGGCUGAGUAUGGUCGGUUGGGUCUCGGGAAGGGGGCGGAAGAGAAGAGCACACCCACAGUCAUCCCGGAGCUUCCCAGCGUCUCUUCUGUUGCGUGUGGUGCAUCAGUUGGCUAUGCUGUCAGCAGCGAUGGACGAGCAUUUGCUUGGGGCAUGGGCACCAACUACCAGUUGGGCACAGGGGAGGAAGAUGACAUCUGGAGCCCCGUGGAGAUGACGGGCAAGCAGCUGGAAAACCGCAUGGUCCUGGCUGUGUCCAGUGGAGGCCAACACACUGUCUUGCUGGUCAAGGACAAGGAGCAGAGUUGAUGAAGUUGCUCCACGCAGCUGAGCACGGCAGGAACGCAGGGCCCGCAACGCACACACCCACAGUCUGCCCUCGGUCCCGGGGUGCUCAGGGCGCGAGGUCAGGCGACCAGUUCCUAGGUCUGGUCUCCCGUGACCUUUUGCAGAACGUGCUGGGGAGGGCGAGAGGCUUGAGGAGCUGAGCCUUGGUCCUCCAAGAUCCCCAGGCAGUAUCUGCCUGGCUGGAGCAGGGCUCUUCAGGGAUGUUUGUUUUUCCUCUCUAGAAGUGUGUGUCUGUCUUCCCUUGGUACCAGGUGCUCUCUCAGCUCCCUCACUUCAGUUUAGUCCAUUCUUAGGGACUAACUGUGGUUAGGUGGGUUUUCCAUCUGUUUGUUUGUUUGUUUUUUAAUAUUUCCUGGCCCAGCAAAGCCAAGGGCUUUGUCCCUUCCUACACAGAAGGGUUUUGGCAUCUGAAGCUUUCUGAGGUCCCUGUGCUCCUCCAGUCUCCAGGUGUUCCCCUCAACCCUUCAACCUGAACAUCUUUUACCUCUGUGUCCCUCUGGCCUCUCCUCUUUUAGCUUUGUCCGCUGCUGCUCUCCAAACUCCUCUCAGCUUGUUUGAGGUGAAAUCUCAGUCCAGCAGAAACAUUCCUGUGUGGAGGAGACACAGGGGAGAUUCUCUUAGUUUCAUUUCUGUUGCACAUGAUGACAGCCUCACAGGGGUCUUGUUGCUGUGUUGGAGGGUGCUGACUUCCAGCCCUCACUCAGGCCAGUGUGCUCCAUGGUGAGUCUGGGGAGCUCGGGUCUCCCAGGGGUGGGAACGUGGCUGGACAUUGCCUGGCCCAUGUUACACACAGAGGUCUCCUUGGCUUCGGAGCUGCGUGCGUGGCUCGGUUGCUGCUCCAGGAGGUGGGCUUCUGCCUCCCUUCCUUGGCUGCUUAGGGAUCUGAGCCAAAAUCCUGCAAGAGGGGAGGCUGGGAGCAGGUUGCUCGAUCAAAUGUUCCUACUGCCCGUCUUCCUGGAGCAACCUCAUCCGUCUCUGCCUGCUUUUUACAAUCACUCCUCACCUUUGCUCCUUGAUCUCAUCAUCUUGGGAAAUCCAACAAAAUACAAGCUGUGGUAGGAAGUUGUUUUUAUUUUCUUUCCUUCCUUUCCUCUCUGUUUGCUGAGGAAGGAGGUUAAUUUGCUGUUAGGGCCUUGCUGAGAAGACAGAGACGAAAUCCAACUAUGCAUUUAUCACUCAGAACGCGUGAACUGUCCCUCCUCCCCAUCACCUAUGGUUCAUGGUCUGACUGAUCUUGCUCCCUGUGCCUGGCUUGCCCUGUCUCCUCUUUCCGUGCUGCCUUCCAGGCACCUGGACUGAGAAGGGGGGGGGAGUCUGCAAAGAUAAAUUUUAUAAGUUAAGUUAUAGCAAUGGGGGGGAAGUGGUGUGUGUGCAGGGGAGGGAGGUGGGGGGCUGGGAAUUGUACAAUGGCUCAGAAUAGGUUGAAUUUUUUAAAAAGAAAAUGUAAAGUAUUUUGGUUGAUUGAAUGAGGAAGAGAGGCAAAAAAACUGUAAUCUUUUAACAUUUGGAAUAAACUGAGUUUUGAUAAA